CGAAAACGCCCAGGAUCCGAAUUCUGCCCUCGGAGCGACGUGAGUCUCUGCGCCCAGGUAGGACUUGGCUUGGCUGCCAUGGGCAAGCAGAACAGCAAGCUGCGGCCAGAGAUGCUGCAAGACCUGCGGGAGAACACGGAGUUCUCGGAGCUGGAGCUGCAGGAGUGGUACAAGGGCUUCCUCAAGGACUGCCCCACAGGCAUCCUUAACGUGGAUGAGUUCAAGAAGAUCUACGCCAACUUCUUCCCCUACGGUGACGCCUCCAAGUUCGCCGAGCAUGUCUUCCGCACUUUUGACACCAACAGCGAUGGCACCAUCGACUUCCGGGAGUUCAUCAUUGCACUGAGCGUGACCUCACGUGGCCGCCUGGAGCAGAAGCUCAUGUGGGCCUUUAGCAUGUAUGACCUGGACGGCAACGGCUACAUCAGCCGCGAGGAGAUGCUGGAGAUCGUGCAGGCCAUUUACAAGAUGGUUUCGUCCGUGAUGAAGAUGCCGGAGGAUGAGUCGACCCCAGAAAAGAGGACUGAGAAGAUCUUCCGCCAAAUGGACACAAAUAACGACGGCAAGCUGUCGCUGGAGGAGUUCAUCCGCGGGGCCAAAAGCGACCCGUCCAUCGUGCGUCUGCUGCAGUGCGACCCUAGCAGCGCCUCCCAGUUCUGAGCGAGAGGAGCCAGGUUUCCCCUCCCCGCCUUCACUGGCCCUCUCCCGGCACUCAGCUUCCUCGCCCUUGUGUCUAUCCAGGCUGGGGGUCAGAUUGCCACCCCCCAGGGUCUGCACUCUGCGGGGCAUAUGGAGAAAGCAACCCUGAAGGCCCCCCACGGCCCAAGCCAGCAAGUGGCUAGCACCCUCCCAAUCCAAGAGGCAAUAUCUCCCUUCGGCAAUGAUGGAGGCACAUGCUCUGGUUUGGUCUGUCCCUCAGAGUCAGCCCUCCCUUACCUAAACCUCAGAACUUCAGCCAUCC